UUGGAUCAAUUAUGAUAUGAAAAGUUUCAAGAACAUUUAUAAUAUAGUUUCAAAGCAUAUGUUGGUUAGAAUUUAAUACGGGCACUAACUCUUCACUCUCUGUCCAAAAUCCGGUAACCACAUAUCAUGGCGGCGCAGAUGGCGGUAAAUUCGGGAGCCAGUCUGUGGGGGCCGCUGAAGGAGCUAUGGGAGACGGUGGAGGGAGCUGUUAUGAGGAGGCAGUCGGAGAGUGUCCACCUCCUCGACUUGCAGCUGAAGAAACACAAGCCACACUUUCUGUCUCUGUACAAAAACCCUCCAAAGAGUGCAGAGCAGAGGGACAAAGUGCGCAAAGCUAGCACAGAAGGCAUAGCCAUCCAAGGCCAACAAGGCUCACGACUGGUGCCUGAGCAGCUCCUGGCAGAAGCGCUGAUCCUCAGUGACAUGUUUGAUAUGGGAGAGUUGGCAGCCCUGGAGCUGCUAUUGGCAGGGGAGCACCAGCAGCCGCACUUCCCGGGACUGACCCGUGGGCUGGUGGCUGUGCUGCUCUACUGGGACGGCAAGCUCUGUGUGGCCAACUCCCUGCGGUCCCUCAUUCAGUCCCGUCCAGGCAAGACCUUCACGUUGGAGCUCAGUGGAGAGCUUGUGGCCUUGACCACGCGGUUCACAGAUGAACUGAUGGGCCAGGGUCUGACCAAGCGCAUCCUGAGCUUGGUGUCCGAGGUCAACGUGACACGGGAGUUUGAGCGUCUGCAGAAACAACGCGGUCUUGGCAACGAGAAGCACCGGAAACAGGUAUUGGACCUCAUCAAGGAAUCUAGACAAGCAUUGGCAGACAGCUUGUUUUCAUGGACCUGCCAAUCCCCUCUGACUAAAGAUGACACCCUGGCCCUAAUUGGCCACUUGGAGACAGUGACAGUUGAAGCUGAUGGCUCAUUGGACAGUGUAAACCUUUCUCUGGUCAUGGCAUUGCUGUACUGUUUGGACGUCAGCUUCCUAGAGCAAGGAACCGAAGAUAGGGAAGAUCUGCUUCAGGCCCUGCCCUUGUUGACGGAGAGGGACUACGUGCUUGCGGUGCAUAACCGUUUGCUGGAAGGGCCUACCUGGAAGAUUCCUGGCCUACAGGCUGUUUGUCGGCUUGCGUGGGCUCUGGUUUUGAGGGCUCUGUCCCAGCUUCCACAGGGCUCCUCCCUUGUGGAGUUCACGGAGUCAGACGAGGCUCUGGCUGACCUGGCCCUCCUGGGAGACGUCUUCCUGUUCAUGAAAGAUGGCAUGCUGGGAUGUGAAGGGUUCACCCAGGAAGAGUUCUACAUCCGUCGCCUUCAUACCUUAAUUACAGACUUUCUGGCUCUCAUGCCGAUCAAGGUGAAGCAGCUGCGUAACCGUGCCGAUGAGGAUGCCCGCUUGGUGUAUAUGUCCCUACAGAUGGGCAGUGAGCCCCCUUCGUCGUUACGGAAAGACCUAGACCACCUCAUGUUCCUGAUCGGUGAGUUCUACAGCAAAGACCCGUUUGGUCUGGAGCUCGGUCUAGAGUUCUGGGCUCCCACAGAGUCUCUUCAUCACACCAACCUGCAGGGCUCGUAUCUGGGCAUGGCCCUGCAAAGACCCCCGCAUAAACAGGUGGUGCUAUCCAAGUUUGUGCGUCAGAUGGGAGACCUGCUCCCCUCUACCCUGGUCAUCCCUUACCUGAGGAUGUUGAAGGGUCUGGCCAACGGACCGCAGUGUUCCCACUACUGCUUCAGCCUGCUGAAGACCAACGGAGCCACUCAUGGGGACACCAUGCAGGGCAUGACAGGCCGGCCGGUGUCCUGGGAACUCUUGUUCCACUCUCUGAUGCUGUACUAUGAGAACCUGCGGCGGGACCUACCCAGCCCGGAGGCCGCCAACCUCUACCGCCACCCGCCCACCCGCGGGAUCACCCAGAGGGAGGUGGACGGGCUCACCUCCUACCUGGAGCUGCUCACCACCAUCAUCACCUGGAGUGAGAAUGCGCGGCUGGCGUUGUGUGAGCACCCCCAGUGGACGCCGGUGGUAGUGGUCCUGGGCCUGCUCCAGUGCAGCGUGCCCCCCGUCCUCAAGGGGGAGCUCCUACGCUGCCUGGCUGCCUUCGGCAAGUCUCCUGAGAUCGCUGCCUCCCUCUGGCAGUCCCUGGAGUACACCCAGAUCCUCCAGACAGUGAGAAUACCUGGACAGAGACAGGCGGCUGGCAUUGAGGUGGAGCUCAACGAGAUCGAGUCCAGCUGCGAGGAAUACCCUCUGACCCGGGCCUUCUGCCAGCUGAUCAGCACGUUGGUCGAGAGCAGCCUGCCCGUCAACCUGGGGGCGGGACUGCGGGCGCCAGGGUUCGACCCCUACCUCACUUUCCUGCGGGACGCCGUGUUCCUCCCCUUCCCCACCAGGGCCUAUUGCCACGCCGCCGAGAAGUGGGAGGUGGCCGACGGCGUCCUGGAGGUGUUCCACAAGCUGCUGCGGGACUAUGAGCCCCAGCCCGCCGACUUCCUCCAGGAGAUGGUGGAGCUCCACGGGGAGCAGGUGCCGGCCCAUAAGCCCCCGGGCCACAGCAUCAUGUUCCACCUGCUCAACGACUCGCCCACCCUGGCCCUCUGCCUCAGCCUGCUGGAGGAGGGGGUGCGGCAGCUGGACACCUACGCACCCUUCCCCGGCAAGAAGCACCUGGAGUCGGCGGUGCUGCACUGCCUGUGCCUGCUGGAGCUGGCCCUGCAGAAGGAGGUGGUGUUCAUGGACUUGCUGCGGGAGAGCCAGGCCUCGCUGCUGGUCUCCCCUCUGGAGCAGCUCCUCCAGGGGGUCAGUCCUCAGACCCGCCGGGCCGACCACAUCGUCAACAUAGCCAGUUAUCUGUACCACAGCAGCUCCAACCCGGAGGCAGCCUUCCAGAGUGCAAAGAUCCUUCGUCACGUCGCCCGUUACCCCAACAUCCAGAUCAGGCUGGUGGGGGACUUCACCCACGACCCGGCUGUAAGUGACAAGCUCAUGGCAGGCUUCGUGGAAUGUCUGGACAUUGAUGAGGCAGAAGAGUCGGUGGAGAAGGAAGAAGAAACAGACUCGCAAAACAAGGUGGCGAGGAUCCGGCACGAGAUCAAGAUCCACAUCCUGAACCUGCUGAUGACGUCGCUGGAGCUGAAGCCUCCCAACCUGGCACUGUACCUGCUGGGCUACGAGGUCAAGAAAGCCGUCUCCUCCACCAACCUGCAGGACCCAGGUGUGCUCGGAUGUCCACGGAGCUGCCUGCACGCCAUCCUGAGUCUGCUGCAGCGCGGCAGCGAGAAGAGGUCCGGCCCGGUGCUCAGCCAGCAGGCCCCUCACCUAGCUGAGCUCUGCUACCAGGUGAUCUACCAGCUGUGUGCCUGUUCGGACACGUCGGGGCCCACCAUGCGCUACCUGAGGACCAGCCAGGACUUCCUGUUCUCUCACCUGCAGCACAUGCCCUUUUCCCUGCCAAGCAACCAGAUCGCUGCUCUCUCCCAGAUGUCGUGGCUGAUGAAAACGGCGGCCAUCGAGCUGCGAAUGACCUCCCUCAACCGCCAGCGCUCGCACACACAGCGCCUCGUGAGCCUGCUGCUGGACGACCAGCCCCCCACACAGCACACCGUUGAUGGAGAGCUGGGAAUGGAGGAAGAGACCAGAUCAGUCUGCGGCUUCCUCCAUUUCGACACAGCCUCAAAAGUGCGCAGGAAGCUGCUGUGUGUACUGGACGCCAUCGAGUUCAGCCAAGACAUCCCAGACCUGCUGCAGCUCGACUUCUUUGAGCGCGCUCAGAUCGAGCUGGUGAUCACCAACUGUGAGCACGUCAACGAGCAGGGACACACGGUCUGCAACGUCAAGCUGUUACAUCGCGUGCUGGUUGCUGAAGUGAACGCCCUUCAAGGAAUGGCCGCCAUUGGUCAGAGGCCACUUUUGAUGGAGGAGGUGAACUCCAUCCUGCAGCAGGUGGUGGAGAGGAACCACGUGCGCCGCAGCCUGAACGCCAAGCGCCACGCCCUGCAGUCCUGGAGGGGCCUGGUGGAGACGCUGCUGACCGCCUGCCCCGCCGACCUCAUACCGCCGGACGACCGGCAGCUCAUCAUCAGAGACCUGCUGCUGGACCUGCACGACAAGGUGUUAUCGGAGGACGCUGCAGGAGAGCUGAUGCCCAUCGUGGCGGGGGCGGUCUUCACGCUGGCGGCCCAGCUCAGCCAGUCCAUCCUGUCGGAGCAGCAGCAGGGGGUGGGGCUGGACGGGGACGGGUCCUCGGGCUUCGCCUCCAUCGCCAACUCCGCCCUGCACCUCAUCCUCCGCAAGAUGCUCGACUUCAUCCUCUGCACGGGCGGGGGGUUCCAGCGCCUGCGAGCCCACCUGUAUGGCGCUCUGCUCUACUACCUCCAGAUGGCCCAGAAGCCAGAGGAGCCCGACACGCUACAGACAGGGAAGUCCAUGUGGGAGCGCCUGACCGCCCCAGAGGACAGCUUCUCCAAGCUGCAGAGGGAGAACCUGUCCAUCAUCGAGAGCUACGGCACCGCCCUGAUGGAGGUGGUGUGCCGGGACGCCUGCGACGGGCACGAGAUAGGCCGGAUGCUGGCCCUGGCGGUGCUGGACCGCAUCCUGUCCAUCGACCGGCAGAGCCAGUGGCUGCUGUACCUGUGCAACAGCGGCUACCUGAGGGUGCUGGUGGAGAGCCUGCGGCAGGACGACGGGGCGCUGCAGGGCCUGCUCACGCCCCAGCCGCCGCUCCUCAAGCCCCUCUACAUCUACGAGAGCAAGAUGGCCUUGCUGACUCGCGUGGCCAAGACGAGCGAGGGUGCGGUGGAGCUGCUGCGCUGCGGCCUGGUGGCCCAGCUGAUGGAGUGCCAGGUGUACGACAUGCUCCCGGACAGCGACGCACACAGGGUCAUGAGGGACCCGUCAGGGUUCAUCCCUAGCCCGCUGGACCGCUACCGCCAGAUUCUUCUGCCCGCACUCAGGCUGUUCCAGAUCAUCCUGACGUCCACCACCAUGAACCACCAGCAGGGGGCACCACAGGUCCUUCAGUGGCUGAUCGUCCACGCAGACACCAUCCAGUCUCUGCUGCGCUGUCAGGAGCUCAGCAUGGGGGCCUUGCAGGAGCUCUCUCUGCUCACAGGCAUCAUCAGCAAGACGGCCCUACCAGGAGUCCUCAAGCUGAGCGGGGAGGUCCACAGCGCUGUGGUGAUGGAGUUCCAGGGUCACAUCAACAGGUUCCAGCGCAUGUGCCUGUCUCUGCUGGGCCGGCUGGCCGGGGGCGAGCGGGAGAGGCUGCUGAAGCAGGCGGAGGCGGCGGCCCCCGGAGACCCCGCGGAGAGGAGGGAGGAGAUGGAGGUGGCCAUGCAGCAGGUGUGUGCCAACAUCAUGGAGUACUGCCAGACCCUGCUGCUGCAGAGCUCGGCGCAGGCCCAGUUCACCAUCUGCCUCUUCAGCCCGUCUGGCAGCGAGCCGGCUGGCAGGGACGGAGCGCGAGCAGACCUCUCGUCCACGCUGCCAGCAGCCGCCUCCUCGCGGGUGCCCAGCCUGGGCCUGGUGCUGUACCUGCUGAAGAGCAGCGCUGCCGACUUCUCCCGCUUCCACCAGAGCCACCGCCAGAGCCUCAGCAAGCUGCAGGGCCUGGCCCAGCUGCCCCCCGAGGAGCUGAAGGAGCUGUGCCAGGGGCUAGUGUCAGGCCCUGGAGGCGUGGACAAGAUCUCAUCGGUCCAGAGGAGCCUGCUCGCCAAGAGGCGCCUGGUCCAGCUCAUCAACAACCGAGCUAAGCUGCUGGCCCUCUGCUCCUAUGUCAUUGAAACCUGCCUAUUUGUGUUGUGGCGCCACCUAGAGUACUACCUGAUGUACUGCACCCCGUCGGACCCCAAGAAUGCCCUGUUGCCUGGAGCGAGCUCAUUCAGAUCUCGCUUUGCCGAUGACUCCUUGCAAGGAAGUGGGCGUGGCCUGGGUUUGUCCAGAGUCAGCCAGCAGGAUCUCGAUCAGCUCCAGGCGGACAUGGCAGCGGGCUUCGGGGAGGCUCUCCAGAGGAAGCUGCUGGAGGUGGAGGGUCUGUACGGGGAGGUCCGCUCCCGCUACACCUUCAUCCAGGCCCUGGUCCGAAGGAUCCGCGGCCUCCUCCGACGCACCAAGAGCUGAGGUCUCUGGGGGGAUAGGCGCACACUGACGGACACUGAGACCACCGCUCGGCUCUUUAUUCAACACGCUCUCUGAAGCGCAGAGGAACCACACCCGCCUACACCAGUGGAGGCACGACUGCCAUGGAGCGUUUUUCUGGCGCUGAGCAACAACCUUUGAACCUGUGCUCUUUAGUAUUAUAUCAUGCAUCUUAUGUGUGUGUGGGAUUCCAGACGAGAUAAUUAAAUGACUUGAUGUGAUUAAGUGCUAUGCAGCUUGCACGUAUCAAGCAUGCGUAUGAAAAAUAACUAACUGAACAGAGUUGACGUUUAACUUGACGUGCGACCAUUUGUUAUCGCUUCUGGUAUGAUUGCUAUUGUGGUUUAUAUAUUUGUGUAUUUUUCUUUCUUUUGGAAAUAAACUUUAAAAUGGA